AUGCAGUUUAUGUUGCUUUUUAGUCGUCAGGGGAAACUGAGACUUCAGAAGUGGUAUGUCCCAUUAUCUGACAAAGAAAAGAAGAAAAUCACAAGGGAACUUGUUCAAACAGUAUUAGCCCGCAAACCGAAAAUGUGCAGCUUCCUGGAAUGGAGAGACCUGAAGAUUGUCUACAAAAGAUAUGCAAGCCUUUAUUUCUGCUGUGCUAUUGAAGACCAGGACAAUGAGCUAAUAACUCUGGAAAUAAUUCAUCGCUACGUAGAACUUCUUGACAAGUAUUUUGGCAGUGUAUGUGAACUUGAUAUCAUCUUCAAUUUUGAAAAAGCCUAUUUCAUUCUGGAUGAAUUCCUUUUGGGAGGGGAAGUUCAGGAGACUUCCAAGAAAAAUGUUCUCAAAGCCAUUGAGCAGGCAGAUCUUUUACAGGAGAGCCAGAAUGAAGACUGGGGAGGUUUGUCUGAGGAUAUCUUAUGAUUAAGAGCAAUAUGGCAUUAGCCCUUUUGACCCCCAUCUAAAUGAUUGGAAGCAGAGACCCCACGUAGUGUUCUUGAAGAGAUUGGAUUGACAUAGAUCUUCUCGUCAGUUGAUGACAUCUCAGUGUUUCAUACUGUAAAUGUUCACUGCCUUCAUUGUAAUGUUUAGCUAAUGGUGUAAGAUGCUGUUUGUCAGUAUUACUGUUCUGCUAAGCUGCUUCAUUCGGGCCUACAACAAAAAUACUCCUUUGAAAAGGGAACAAAUUCAAGUCCAAAAAUCAAAAAUGAAAGGGAAUUAGAAGCAAAUUAAAUUAGCAUCUCUUUUCGCUGCAUUUAUAGGAUAAUUGCAUUUGACUUCUAUAAGCGUACUGUUUUUUAUAAGCAAACAACUUCAGGAACUAAAUGUAUCAUGACAUAGCAUAUCUGAAUGAAAAGAGACUACAUGGAUAACUUUAAAUUUUAAAAAUGUUACGGUGUAGAACUUGUGUUUAUGCAACCAAAGACUUCAGUUCAUCUACAUUUUAAGUCAACAGCUGUGAUAGUUCUGCUUUAUUUCCAUUGUUGCAUAAAAGUUGGAAAUAACUGUUUACUACUGAAUUUGUCAUUAUACCAAAGAAUCCUAUUAGGAUCUGCUUGUCAAACUGGU